AUGGCUAGGUUCAGGGUCCGCUUUGCCCCUGACAAAUUCACUCCCAAACAACUUCCCCAGGAGGAACUCAAGCCGAGGAAACAGGCCCCACCGCGACGGUUCUACAGAUGUCGAUACCCAUGCCGCGAGUGUAGGCAAAGCCGUUCGAGGUGCGACGAGACAUACCCAGUCUGCCUCCGUUGCUCGCGCAAAGGCAUUGUGUGCCACGCUGCUGCGAGGGAACAGCAGUGGCAGAUCCAUCUCCCUGCUCUGACUCUCACUUCGGGCCAUCAUGUCUCAUCUCUCUUACACAGCCAAAGCGACAGUCAGUUGUUGCAGUACUGGCUAGAAAAGACGAGCCGAAUAUUGGUGGCCUGCGAUGAUGAGAACCCGUUUGCUUAUCCCAUCGUCGAGCAUCUGUCCACCAGCCACUCCAUGUUGUACAUCAUCAAGAGCAUCAGCUCAGCGCACCAGCACUUCUUCCAUCCAGGCCAAGUCCACGAUAGUCUUGAGCAAAGGAUAAAGGGCAUUGAGGCUCUCCGAGGAGAACUGACUAUGGGCUCUCAACAAUCCCACACUCUUUUCCUCUCCAUCUACCUGCUCGGCAUAUCAUCAUCCUUCCUCGACCACAAGUUACAAGACUUUGGCUAUGAACAUUUAGAGGCGGCCAGAACAGUCAUCAAUCUCAUACUAGCCGAAGAAGCGUCUCUCAAGCAUCCGCUGACUCGUCUGGUCGUCGGCACCUUUGUCUACUGGGACAUGUCUUGUGCGUUCUUGAGCCAAACCUCCAGCAGUCCCAUACACAAUUUUGAGGGGCCUCUCUACACCUUCAUUGCCGAGGAGAUGGCUGGGUUCUCACACCCUACUACCGGGCCUUGCACUGGACUGUUCUACAUCCUCUGCACGUUGGGGAGAUACAUUCGCCAUGUCAUAUCGGGUGGUAUUCGAGACUCUGACCUCGAGAUCAUCCUCGAGGUGAAGCUCUUAGCCUGGGAAUUUCCCGACCCCGACCCUCCCACUAUGUGGGUUCAAACAGCUGAAGCCUUUCGUAAGCACGGCUUGAUCAUGCUUUGCCGCUUCUGCUAUCCGCAAAAUUUGGCCCUAUGGGAAGACUGGACCGAUACCGAAGAACAUGGCGUAGAUCGAAGUAUCGAUCAAUUGACCCAACAAUAUGCAGUUGACAUCAUGACUUCCCUUUCUGCCAUACCUCUAACCUCAACCUACCUAGCUCUUCAACCCAUACCCCUGUUGACAGCCGGAGCAGAGUUGACGGCAGAGGACAGUCAUCUCCGAAGCGAGAGCAAGUCUAGGUUACUUGCCCUGUAUAGCUGCAGUAGGAUCCCGGCAAAUCUAGUAGCAGCGAAUUUGUUGGAUAGACUUUGGCAAUUGAGGAUGGAGGGGGGUGGUGUAACUUGGCCGGAGCUUCUGAUUCAGGAUAAUAUGAAACUACGUAUUGGUUGA